AUGCGAAAACAUUUCCGGCAUACAUUAUUACUCAAGAUCACCACACUAUUACUAUACUCUACAAUCCUGCUAAGCGCAGUCUCGGCAACAAAACUGAAUAUAGGUCCGCUUGAUCUUUCCAUGCACCUCCCGCAAACGUACUUUGUCGUAUAUGACAAAACAGCAAUGCAUAACACAUCGAAUCCAACAGGUGCGAACUUCACCAAUUAUGUUGAUAUGGAAGGUAACGGAGUUUCGUCGUGUGUACAAAAUUUCUUGGAGCAUAUUGAAUUCUCGGGUGUAAAUUUCAAAUUGAGGUAUUCGCUUGAGAAGUUGCUUGACUGUGUGUCGAUCACUGUUAGUCACCAGGAUGAUUUAGAGAGAUUGAACAAUAUGACUAUCGUAAAGAAAAUUUGGCCUGUGUCGAUUCUUGAACAACCAAAAGUAAGUUUGAAUGCCAUUAAUGAUAGUAAAGGUUCUCCGUCAAAUUUACCCAUUGAUGAAUUAACCGGCGUUGCACAAGUUCGAGCAGGAACGAAAUACAGCGGAAAAAAUAUCAAGGUUGGAAUAAUUGAUACUGGAAUUGAUUAUACACAUCCAGCAUUUGGCAAUUGCUUUAAGACGAAAGGAUGUAAAAUUCAAUUUGGAUACGAUUUUGUCGGUGACGCGUUUAAUGGCUCUAAUACCCCACAUGGUGACAAUGAUCCAUUGGAUCAAUGUAAUGGACAUGGAACGCAUGUUGCUGGAAUUCUUGCCGCUGAGGAUAAAGCCAAUAAUUUUACUGGUGUUGCACCCGGUGUAACUUUGGGUAUAUACAGAAUUUUUGGAUGCAAUGGCACAACGACUAAUGAUUUGCUUGUUAAAGCGAUGGAACGAGCAUCCGAUGAUGGGAUGGAUAUUAUUAAUUUUUCAGUUGGAGUUCUUGGUGCUGGUGGCUGGGCAGAAAGUCCUGAAGCCGUAGCAACUGAAAAUACAAUAGCUAAAGGGAUAAUCGUAGUAGCUGUAACGGGUAAUAAUGGGAACGAUCAAGCAAUUUUUAAAGCCGCAUCUCCCGGAGUGGCACUGAACGCGAUUUCAGUCGCUUCGGUUGAUAAUACGAAAAUCCAAUUAUAUUAUCUUUUAAUCAGUUCCUCACCUGAAAAAAAGAUUGGAUACUGGACUCCUAACAAUACGAGAUUUAAUAUUAGCGGAAAUUCUGAGAUCGUAGCCACAAGCAAUAACACUAAAGUGAUCGAUGACGCGUGUAAUGCUCAACCAGCAAACCUAACCGGGAAAAUAGCAUUGAUUCGACGUGGCGGCUGCACGUUCAUACAAAAAUCGAUUAAUGCGCAAGCAGCUGGUGCAAUCGGAAUCCUAUUCUACGAUAAUGUCAUAUCCACAAUUUUUCCACCAAUUAUAAAUUCCUCAGUAACAAUUCCAGUCGCUCUAACUUAUCCAAUGAGUGGUGAAUUUAUAUUCAAUCAAAUACAGAACAAGAAUGUCACAAUUACCUUUCCUAACGACACUUUCGUAUUUUCAAACCCAACAGGUGGAAAAAUAUCAAGUUUUAGUUCGUUGGGACCCUCGAAUGAGAUGGAUAUUAAACCAGAAAUUGCUGCGCCAGGUGGUGCAAUCAAUAGCACGUACCCUGUUAAACUUGGUUCUUAUCGAGUAACGAGUGGUACGAGUAUGGCAGCACCGUAUGUGGCAGGAUGUGUGGCGGUUAUUUUCGAGGCAAAAGGUAAAAUGAGUGCAGUUGAAACGAAAAAAUUGUUUAUGAAUACUGCACAUCCAGUUGAAAUACCUUCUAGCUCAAAUAAAAAUGUACCGCAUACAUCGAUUGUUCAACAAGGUGCUGGACUAAUUAAUUUAUUAGAUGCAUUAUCUUCAACUAUCAGUAUCUCACCUUAUAAACUCUCAUUAAACGAUACCGAGAAUUACAAAGCUUUAAAUACAUUAACAAUCAAAAAUUCCGGAAAAAAGAAUGUGAAAUUUACAGUUAGUCAUGUUGGAGCACAAGCAGUAAAUGGAUACAAUUUUACGGAAUCAUUUGCGCCGCAAGAACAACCAGUAUUCCAAGACUCAUUUGCUGAGGUAAACAUUUCAGAAUCAUCAAUUGAGCUUGGACCUGGACAAUCAAAGAGUAUUAAAGUUGUAAUCAAGCCUCCAUCUGAUUUAGAUAACGGUUCAUACUUUUUAUUCUCAGGAUUUAUUCUGUUCUCGGAUAUAACCAGUAAUAAAUCAUAUAGUGUUCCAUAUAUGGGAAUGAAAGGGAUCUUAAAAACACUUCCGAUUCUUGAUACCGCUUCUGGCACACCAUUCAUUCAAACAGCGCACCUCGAUGUCUAUCGAGCUCGUAACGAAAAUGUGACUUUUACUUUGCAAAGCAACGAUACGCCAACAUUAAUUGUACUUCUUGCAGAAGGAACUCGCAUUUUGGCUGUGGAUGUAGUUCCCGCGAACACCACAGUUCAAUCAAAGGUUGGAAAACCAAAUGUCUCAUCAUUGGUUCCAGCCGAAAAAUCGAAAAGAUCACCUGGCAGAUUAUAUCGACGAAUUCCUGGAGUUGAUAAAACCCCCAAUAUUGAAACCGAGCAACCAGAGAUAACGCCAUCAGAUAUUCAAGUUAACCGUGAUUUAGUUCCGGACUCAUUGGGUAAAAUUGCAAUAGACGGCGUACAGUAUUAUGUUUCAAGAACUCUAUGUAACGAGCCUAUACUUAUUCCCUGGGAAGGAAAAAUAGAUACCGUCGAUGGUAGACGUAAUGUCGAAUUGCCGAACGGAUCGUAUCGACUAGUGGUGUCAGUCUUGAAAUUGUUUGGAGAGGAAAAGAGAAAAAGUGAUUGGGAAAUAUGG